AUGCCGACGGCGAUGGCGACGGCGGCGGGCAUGGCGACGGGGCCAGGAAGCCGCGUGACGCGGUACGCCAAGUCCACGGCGGCGUCGGUCACGCCGGUGCGCCCCGGCAAGACGCACACGCUCUCGGCGCUGGACAACGCCAUGGAGCGCCACGCCGUGCACCUGGUGCUCUACUACCGCGCCGCGCCGGGCGUCGACCGGGACCCGCUCAAGGAGUCGCUCUCCGAGGUGCUCUCGCUCUACCCGACAAUGGUCGGCCGGCUCACCCGCGGCGAAGGCGACGCGCCCGGGUCGGGGUGGAUCGUCAAGUGCAACGACGCCGGGGUGCGCAUGGUGGACGCCAGGGCCGCCGUCACGCUCGACGAGUGGCUCGCCACGGCCUCCGCCGACGAGGAGAUCGACCUCGCCUACUUCGAGCAGAUGGGGUCCGAGCCCUACAUCUGGUCGCCCUUCUACGUCCAGCUGACGGAGUUCACUGACAAGUCGUACGCGCUGGGGCUGAGCUGCACGCACCUCCACAACGACCCCACGGCGGCCGCGCUCUUCUUCCACUGCUGGGCCGCCGCUCACCGCCGGAGCACCAGCCCCUACUCGCCCUUCCUCCACUCGCCGUCCUUCGCCGUGUCUCCGGCCGCCUCGCCGCCUCCAGCGCCGCCUAUGCUGGCCGCCAAGUCCACCGCCGCUCCGCCUAGCGCCGACGCCAUGUCGUCCGCCACGUUCCACUUCCCCGCGGACGCGAUGCGCGCGCUGCUGUCCUCCCUCGAACCCGAAACCACCCCCUUCGCCGCGCUGGCCGCGCUCUUCUGGCUCCGCGUCGCUGCAGCUGGUACCGCCGAGGAGGGCGAGAAGGAUCUCACGCUCGCGCUCGACUUCCGCAAGAAGAUGCACGCGCCGCUGCCGACGGGGUACUACGGCAGCGCCGUCCACUUCACGCGCGCGAGUGCCGACCUGUCGUCGGGGCUGUCGGCCGUGGCGGCCGCGCUGGACCGGCGCGUGACCAGCGUGCCAGAGGAGGAGCUGUGGGCCGCCGUGGAGUGGCUGCACGCGCGGCAGGCCGAGGGCGGCGAGCCCUUCCAGAUGUACGGGCCGGAGCUCACCUGCAUGGCGCUGGACCACCUGCCCUUGUACGGCGCGGAGUUUGUGGCCGGUGAGCAGCCCGCGCGCGUGGCGUGCCGCGUCGCCGGGGCGGUCGGCGAGGGCAUCGUGAUCGUCUUGCCGGCCGCCGAGGGGGACGCGGCGAGGGACGUGGUGGUGACGCUCCCCGCGGAGGCGACGGCCAGGAUCUGCCGCGACGACGAGGUGCUCCGGUACGGCGCCAAGGUGGUGGCUGGGACCAAGGUGGAAACAGGGGCCAAAGCCAAGUAGGAUCCAGCCUAAUAAACACUGCUGGUGUUAAUGGUUUCGCUAUGUUUUCAUUUUAGUUUGAUGGUGACGCCUUCUGAUUUUGAUCAUCAAAAUUUGAUGUAUCCUGUUGUGAUGCGUUGGUGAAAUGUACUUGUUGUUUUCCUUUUUUUAUGACAUCGUGAAUGCUAGUCCUCA